AUGAAAUUUCAAAACAAGCUAUUGGUAAAUAAUAACAGAAAAAUACGUUCUGAUAAUGUUUAUUACUUCAAAAUCCCAUAUCCUGACUGUUGCCACACACCAUCACUAAAAAGAUCACUAGAUAAAGCAACAGAAUUACUAGCUGUCCUGACUAUUUGCCGUCAUGGUGUUCAUCAAGGUUUAAUGGCAUUUUUUAUGGAUAUAUCUAAAAGCACCAUGCAACGGAUAUUUAUUGGUUGGGUAAUUUUUGUUGCUGGUAUUUUCAGUGAAAUUGACUUAAAACCACCUUCUGGUUUUUCAUUGAAGAAAAUGCCUAAAAUUUUUAUUGAAACUGGCCAUGGUUUAACAGAUUUGGUCAUUGAUGCCACUGAAUUUAAAUUUCAACGUGCAUCAUAUUCUGAGUUAAAUUCUUUGAUGUUUUCCAAAUAUAAAAAUACACCAACUGGAAAAGCAUUAAUUGGUAUUUCCCCACAUGGCAGUGGAAUUCUUUUUAGCGAUAUUUAUCCUGGGUCAACUUCAGAUAGCGAUAUUACAGAAAAAACAGAUGCCAUUCGUUUUGUUGAAGAGGAGCAUGAAAUAAUGAGUGAUCGUGGGUUUUCCAUUCAGGAGCAUUGUGCUCUGAAAGGUAUCACAUUGAACAGGCCAAAACAAAAAAAUUGUGAUCAGUUCUCUGAAAAAGACGUAUCAUCCAAUUUCGACAUAGCUGCUACGAGAAUCCAUGUGGAACGUUUUAUUGGCAGAGUUCGAGAUUGGUCAAUAUUGAAUACAGUUUGGCCUAUGACAUAUUAUCCUCGACUUGGCAAAUGUUAUGUCAUAUAG